AUGAUGCAACAACGGAAUGGUGGUCUUCAUCCUCAAGGGGUUCCACAAGAAGUUGCAGGUGGUAGUUUUCGGGAUUUCUUUCGCAUGAAUCCUCCUGAGUUCCAUGGUGGAUUAAAUCCUGUGAAGGCUCAUGAGUGGGUAACCAACAUGGAAAGGAUUUUUCAGAUAGUGCAUUGUAGCGAAGAGAAUAAAUUUGUGUUUGCUCCUCACAUGAUGAAGGGUCCUGCGGUGAGGUGGUGGGAGAGUGAUUUGACUCUUAUGACCAAUCAAGGAGUACGUAGGGACUGGGAACAUUUUAAGACUACUUUUCUAGAUAAGUAUUUUCCUAGCUCUUUGAGGACUCAGAAAGAGUUUGAGUUUCAGCAGCUUAGACAGGGUACUAUGAUGGUAGUUGCGUAUGCUGAGAAGUUCGAAGAUAUGGAUGCUUAUUCUAGACAGGCCGAGUACACACCAGAUGAGAGGUGGAAGAUCGAUCAAUUCCUUUUUGGUCUAAGAGGUGAAAUUUCUCAUAGUGUUUCUCAAAGGGAAUCCACUACUUAUGCUGAAUUGCUAACGUAA